AUGAAGUUCACCACUAUCUUCGGCACUGCCGCCCUUCUCAUGGCCCCCUCUGCUGUGGCCUGGAAGCUUCCUAAUGUCGACAGAGCCGACUCUGGUGCCACUCCUACCGAGCAGCCAGCUCCCUCUGGUGCUGCUCCCUCCGGCUCCCCCUCUGGUGGAUUCGACGGGUUCCCCGGUGGAGGUUAUCCUGCUGGAUUCCCCUCCGGCACCGGCUUCCCAUCUGGAUCCCCAUCCGGAUCCCCAUCUGGUUUCCCCUCUGGAGCUCCUGAGCACCACCACGGCCACCACGGCCAUGGCGGCUUUGGAGGACCUCGUCCUACUGGCCCCCCUGGUGGCGUGCCUUCUGGCUUCCCCGAGGGACCUAUCCCCACUGGUGGAUUCCCCGGUGGCCCUGGUGCUGGAAGCUCCUUCACCAUUCUUCCCUACGGAGAGCCCACCCCUUCUGCCGGUGCAGGCGAGGUUCACGCUGUGAGGGAUUUCCCCUUCGGCUUCCCUGAGGCUUCUGGGAUCCCUAGCGGUGUUCCUUCUGGAUUCCCCCAGGGCCCUAUCCCCACUGGUGGAUUCCCCGGUGGCGAGUCUGGUGAGGGUUCCUUCACCGGCCUUCCAUCUGCAUUGCCCACUCCCUCUGCUGGAGGUGAGAGCCAGAGCGGAUUCCGCCGUCUUCAUGCUCGCCAGGUUCGCCCUGUGAUGGUCUAG